CUAUCCACCCAUUUCUAGAGCGGAUAAAUACAGCCCAGACAUAGCCUACUACAACACCUCACCCAGGCUACACCAGACGUAUCCUAGUCCUAAAUGUGAAUACCGCAGGUAAUUCCACGUAUUGUUUACGAUUCAUCUCCGCUGCAUGUGGAGUGUGAGUGUGGACACCUAGAAAUAUGUUGACUGAGUCACUGCUGCCACAUUCCAGGAGAGGAGGACUGUCCGGGCUGCCUCUCUUCUGAUAAGCAUCCUAUGGUAUUCUGUACAAGUCAAGAUGGCGGUGUCGGCAACGGAAAAAGACGCAAUAAAUACUGAAGAUGACCAUCACAACGAUUCGUUCGGGAACCCCGGGCUUAUCUCUCCGGAUAGGGAGGACAUUGCACGGCUUCUGAAGGUGCCAUUCAGCGGCCGCAUCAGAGGUGGUAUGAGGCCGGGGAAGAAGGUCAUUGUCAUGGGCAUUGUUGAUCUGGAGCCAGACAGCUUUGACGUCAGCCUGACUUGCGGCCGCGGCACAGAGAAGGAGGAGCCACAGCCGGAUGUGGCCCUGAAACUUAGUGCUCGAUUCGCUGAGCGCCAGUUUCUGCGUAACUCCCGCGUCUCGGGAAAAUGGAGCGAGGAGGAGAAGUCUAUCGACUACUUCCCCUUCAUCCCUGACCAGCCCUUCAGGAUGGAGAUCCACUGCGAACACACGCGCUUCCGGAUAUUUGUGGACGGAAAUCCGCUCUUUGACUUUUUUCACAAAGUGAAAUCUUUGCCGUCCAUCGAUACAGUGAGGAUAGAAGGGGGUCUACAGAUCACCAAGCUAGGUUAACCAACCCAGCUGCUAUGCCAGUGUGUGACACAACAAGAACUCAAUACAGGUGAACACACACACCUGUUACUACAAUACCCACAAUGCAACACUGCAGCGACAGUGGGCCUAGCGCUUUGGAAAGGCCUCGCCCAUCCCGGUUUGGUUCUGCCGUCACUCCUCUUCUUCUUUCCCCUUUAUCUUGUCACGUCUCAACCAAGAUCUGACGUUAUUGUGACCUUCCUAAUUGUUGGUUGAAUGGUUGCAAUGCAACGCAGCUCUGUGUGUCUUUGUUCUGAAAGAAUUCCUUUGUUUUCUUCCUCAGUUCUGUGUGUGUCAGGGAUCUCACAAUAUAAACGCCUGCUCAUGGUUACCAAGCAUCCUAUGGGGAUUUUGCUGAGAGAGGGGGCCCCAUUCCAAAUGUAAUAGUGCACUGCUUUUUGGGGCACUAUUGGGCACUAAGAGUGCUAUUUGGGACACAGCCGUAAAGCACUCCAAAGUAUUUGCUUUCAUGAGGUUUCUCAGGAAUCAACACUAUUUAUCACAUAUAACAUCAUCACUGCAAAUGAGGGUUAUCUCGUGGGGUUGACAAGCUCAGUAUUAUGGGAGCUUCCAUUUUUGCACUCUCUCCCGGUUCUUGAAUUGGGUUUUAUUGGUUGGUUGGUUGGUUGUCAUGGUUAUUGGCAUCCUAACUCAAUGACCUACAUACAGAGGUUGCAUUCUAAAUUGCAUUCUAUUCCCUAUAUAGGGAUCAGGGCCCAUUGGGCUCUGGCCAAAUGUAGUGCACUACGUAGGGAAUAGGGUGCCAUUUGGAAAGGGAAAUGAGGAUUAUAUUGUGGAGUCUCGGCAAGAUGUACCGUAGCAGCUUUUUGAUUGAAAUGUCUUGUAACUGUAUGCAAUGUAUUAAUGGUGGUUCUUACUCACAGUUUCAGUUGAUUGCAACCAUUCUCCUCCUGUAGAUAUAGAUAUUGCACCGACAUAGAGCUAUGUGGUAGUGAAUAGAAUGUAUCGUUCAUUUGGAGCUUUGUUUACAUUGCUUAUUUAACAGUGAUGAAUGAUUGGUUCGUUUUAAAGGGGUAGUUCACCACAAAAUCCAAGUUUAUCAGAUGUGUUUUAUACCUCAACUGUUCUGUGUGGAGCUAAUAAACUGGAAUUAGAGGUGCCAA